AUAUUUACUUAAAUCUUAGCGAAUUGCAGAAUUUAUAAAAAGCAUAGAGACAACAGCUUUCAAAGAAUAGUCGCGCUGAUGUUAUCAACGAAAGAUAUUGCCAACUAAAUUAGUUAACAAAAUGCAAAUUAAACGCGAAGUUUUGCAAGCGCUUUUCGUCCUUUCAAUAAGUGUCUGGUAUGUGAGCGGCCAAGCCUGCAAUGUCUGUCAGAGCAAUAGCGCAGCAUGCAUUAAUGAAACAUCAUUCUAUCUAUGCUAUGGAGGUACCGUACCCAUUAAGGAUCAGAUGUUUCAUUGCGCUGAUGGACUCAUCUGCUCGAAUUUACCUAAUAUUUGCUUUCAGAGCAAUGGUGCCUCGGCAAGCUGCGGUGAUACAUCUAGUUGUGGUUUGUGCAAUGAUAAUCAAGUAUUCGCAUGCACGAGUCGCAACACUUUUGCAUUUUGUUUUGGCGCAACAAAGCCCACUGAUGUGACUGGCAGCUGUCCGACGGGGCGAAUAUGUGAUGCAUCGACGCAGAAUAUAUGUGUUACAGAAGUGCAGAGCACGUCAAUUAUUUGUAAUUUGGAUAGUCCGGUAGCAACAAACUUCGCAGAUAAUGCAACAACAUUUUGGAACUAAUAUUUAAUC